CAUUAUAGUCCGUGCUCGAUCGCGCAUGCGUGUUUUUUUGACUACCCAAGAGAGCAGAGCUCGGAUGCAUUCAGAGAAGACUCUACUCUUCAUCUACUUACGUUUCAUAUUGAAGUUGCCGUGAGAUGAAGCACCUGAAUACAACCACAGGAAAAGAACCAAAGGCUUUGUGAAAAGAACCACAGGCUGUGUGGAAAGAACCAGUGGAUAUGUGAAAAGAACCACAGGCUGUGUGAAAAGAACAACGGGAUAGGCCUACGGUGCACUGGGCGCGUGGGCAUUGGCAUCUCUCUGCCACUGCGCCCCUAGUGGGUGAGAGUCGGAAGUUCCUCCUGUCUACUCUGACCUCUCUGUGCUUUGCUACAAUGGAGGGGGGAGGUGUGGACAACCUCAUAGACUUUGACUUCCCCUCCUGUUCAUCUACAGAGCCUCCUAGUGGGAUGUUGGCCCACGCAGACAUUUUCUCUCCUGCCCCGCUGGUUCCGGGGCCUGCCUCCAUGGCCCCCGUGGAGCCCCAGCUGCCGGAGCCCCUGGCCCCCAUGCCCAGCUCCUACCAUCACCGCCGGGGAGAGGACGGGGACAGCGAUGCCACAGAGUCAGCUGACAGUGACAAUGACAUGGACCCACACUCCCAGCAGUGGAAAUUCCGGCGGUCAUCUUCCUCAUCCAAUCACAGCGCGGAGGGCGGGGAAGAGGCAGCUCAGAAUCGGGCGUUUAUGAAGGCUUAUGUGGAGAAGGUGUUUCAUGGAAAGGAGGACUUUGGCCAGGAGGAGAAGGCUCGCUUUGGGCAGCUGUGCAGCGGAGAGAAUGGCAGCGGAAGGGAGUGGUUUGCCAGAUACGUCAGUGCACAGCGCUGCAACUCCAAGUGUGUGAGUGAAGCCACAUUUUACAGGCUGGUGCAGUCUUUUGCGGUUGUUCUUUUCGAGUGCUAUCAAAUGGAUGACUACAGUCCGGCUAAACACCUUAUGACCAUGUGCUUCACUUACUACCAUACUGGUAAAACCCAGUUGUCCCCUACCGAGCUCCUGGAGCGAGCGCCUGUAGCCAUGGACUCCUACCUGAACAAGGCCAACUCCUGGCUGUCCGGCAAGAAGGACGCGGCCGAGCGCCUCCUGAAGAACUCUUCAGCUGCCAAGACAGAUGUCAGAGGCUUCUUCGGAGGCCUUGAGAGCAAGCUGAGGGCGUCUGCUCGCAAGAAUGAGGAGGCAGGGAGUCCAGUCGAGGCAAAGCCCAAAUCACCAGAACCUCCAGAGGAGAAGAAAGUAGAGAAUGGGAAGGUGUACCUAUACACACACCUAAAGCAGCAACCCAUCUGGCACACGUUGAGGUUUUGGAACGCAGCCUUCUUCGAUGCGGUUCACUGUGAGAGGAAGAAGAGGUCACCUACAACCAGGGGGACGGAGGAGGACGAGAAAGACGAGAGGGAGAAGUGGUGUCACAUGACACAGGAAGAGAAAGAUGACAGCUCAAAGGUCGAUGAAAAUAUUACCUUCGGCCAAUUAGGGACAUUCACUCACAACAUGCUGGCAUUUGGGCUCAGUAAGAAACUCUGCAAUGACUUCUUGAAGAAGCAGGCCAUCAUUGGAAACUUAAAUGAAGAACAGUACAAGCUGUUAAGCGACCACAUUGAGCAGAUGGCCUCGGACUGAAUGGGAAUGACCCCCUUCAGUGACACCUGUGCAGAAUCUUUAGUAAUUAGCUUAGUAAUCAGUCUGUUCCCAGUACAGCAGACCUCCUCUUCAUUGUACUGUGGUGAAGACUCAGCAAUAACUUUUUACAAAAACCUUCAAUAUCUAGUACAGUAACGAUCUGUCCAAUAUCAUUUUCCAGUGAAGUAUCACUAACCUGCAAUAACUAACACACUGUGAUGCUACACACAGCUACAGUGUCAAUAUUCCAACUUCACCACACUUCAAACUAACAUAUGGACUCUUCACCUCUUCCGGGCACUGUCAACGAGGUCUUUUACCCUAUCACAUAAAAUUGCAUUAUUUUAUACUGACAUUAGUAAGUAUGUUUUCUCAUAGGUAAUUAUUUGUCCACAGUUUGACUGAUUCAGCAAUAUAAGCAUCCAUUAACCCAUUUCUAUUAUCAUUUGGCCUAUUGCCCAGUGCAGUUAUAAAUAUCAACACAUUUCUAUUUUGAUAUUUUCAGUCUCUGUAAAUUUUAAAUAAUAAUCCGAAAUUGUUCACUUUGGAAACGUCUGAGUGAGACUCAAAUUUAAGGCUUCAUUCGUUAUAAUGAACCAAUGGCUGUUUAGCUGUUUAAGGGGGUGGCUCUAAACCAUGUUAUCAGUGGAUCAUGAACCUAUGGCUGUUUAGCUGUUUAAGGGGGUGGCUCUAAACCAUGUUAUCAGUGGAUCAUGAACCAAUGGCUGUUCAGCUGUUUAAGGGGGUGGCUCUAAAUCAUGUUAUCAGUGGAUCAUGAACCAAUGGCUGUUUAGCUGUUUAAGGGGGUGGCUCUAAACCAUGUUAUCAGUGGAUCAUGAACCAAUGGCUGUUCAGCUGUUUAAGGGGGUGGCUCUAAACCAUGUUAUCAAUGGAUCAUGAACCAAUGGCUGUUUAGCUGUUUAAGGGGGUGGCUCUAAACCAUGUUAUCAGUGGAUUAUGAACCAAUGGCUGUUUAGCUGUUUAAGGGGGUGGCUCUAAACAUGUUAUCAGUGGAUCAUGAACGAAUGGCUGUUCAGCUGUUUAAGGGGGUGGCUCUAAACCAUGUUAUCAGUGGAUCAUGAACGAAUGGCUGUUCAGCUGUUUAAGGGGGUGGCUCUAAACCAUGUUAUCAGUGGAUCAUGAACCAAUGGCUGUUUAGCUGUUUAAGGGGGUGGCUCUAAACCAUGUUAUCAGUGGAUCAGUAUUUUCUAAUGGGUUUGCUUUCACAUUGGGUUUUUUAAAGGCCUAAGGAGGCUCUGAGAAAGACAGUGUACUACAUAUAUAUAUGAGUGAGGGAGAGAGAGUGUAUAUAUAGUAUAAAAUACACACUUGGAGUUGGUUGUAUUCUGAAAAGAAAAUAACAGACAUGAUUAUUUGAAAAAUGCCCCCAAAAUAUUGCAUGGGUGCUAACCACCCCAGACUCCCUACAGCCCUGCUUCUCUAAUCCUCCCUGUCCCCUGAUAAAUAGAUUCAUAGAGUAUGGCUACCCUGACACAGUAACCUGCUUCUCUAAUCCUCCCUGUCCCCUGAUAAAUGCAGUGCACAUACCCUACGAUUAGUAUUGUUUUUAUUGUUUUGCAGUGGAGACAUAUAAUGACCUUGGAGCAUAAACUCCUCUCUGUCCAAAGUGCCUUGAAUGUACCUGUGGAAAACGUACCUAACUCUUUCAAAUGUAGUCAAUGCAAGUCCCCAUUAUAACAGUAAAUGUACAUCUACUACGAUAUCCUCCUGUUACUGAUGCUCAGUCAGGAACAUUUGAAGUUUCGUGCACAGGUGUUGACGGUUUUCCCAUGCUUGUGAAGGCCGUCCUCGGUGUGUAGUGGUUAUGAUGACCUACAUUUGUGUGUGGGGUGGUAGAUCUGGAUUAACAUGAGGUGGCAAGAGGCUGCAGGGUGCCUUCCAGCAGCAGCCCCAUGUCUUUUGGUUUAUUCCCACAGUAGCCUUGUCCUGAGGGGUCUGCGCUGUAGGUUAUCCACGCACCAUUGCCCAUACCAGUGUGUUACUGGAAUUGUUCAAAUGCAACAUGGCCCUUAAGGAAGCAAUGCUGUCUACUACUUCUUGGAAUUAUUCAAUCCCACCAGAGGGCAGCAUUGGGACUUUAAGGUUUAGUACAGCUGUUUGUUCAACCUCUCCUCUGGGAUCAACUGUAUCUGAUCUUUAACAAGGGCUAUUCAAGGGCAAGUCUAUCAUCAAGUCCUUGGCUAGGUGAAUCGUGUGCCGAUUCAAGGCUACAACAAAAUUGCGGAACAUCUUAGGGUCCCCAAGGAGAGGUUUGAGAACCAGCAUUUGAGGCAGACUGAAGUAAUAUAUAUUAUUAUUAUUAUUAACGUUAAUUAAUGUUGGAGCAUUGACAUUUCAGAUAUAUGUGAAUAUAGUGUUGUAAAGCAUUUUAUGAUUACUGUUAAUUUUCUCACUGCUGAAUUUAAGUACUGGCAUUUUUGUUUUAUUUUUUGUGAUUUUGUUUUGUCUGUUUUUGAUGAUUCUUCACACAUUAUGUUCAAACGUAUUUUUUCCAAGUCUUUGUGUGUGUUGUGUGAUCUGUGGGUCAACGUCUGUGUAACUCUACUGUGUAUGAUGAUUAUGCUAACUGUGUUGUGAAGUCCAAGUAACUAUCUCAGUGGCAACUAAAGAUAUUGUGACCCUGAAGUGCCCUCAAUUCCUCCCAUAGGAUUAGUCCAUUCAAGUGCUGGACCCAACCGUCUAUGUGUCAAAUGUUGAGUAUAUUGUAUUUCGUGAUUUCUUCAGUGUGUUAGAAAUACAGUGACUAGUGGCAUAUGAUGCCUUUUAGUUGUACUUCUAUGACAUGUCUAUCAGGUGUCUGUCUGGGCUUGCCCUCUCCUUUUCCUUGUGAGCUGUAACAGAGGACCAGCUUCUUCUCAAAGGGGCCUCAUCUCAGUUGUGAGUAGUACUUGCGUUACAAUGUUGCCCCCUGCUCACGGUCCGGAUUGGACCUUUCUACAGCAGUCCGAUAUGUCCCGCUAAGUCUGCAUGCUUCACGUCCACAGUAUUGGCGUACUGCUGGAUGGUUUGGCCUUUGUGUUAAGGUUUGGUGUGGUUUAACACCAGGCCCUCCUGUGUUUGCUUUGCUGUGUGGACUGUGAACUCUGUGUCAUUUAUAUUGACACGCAGACCAACCCUCCGUCCUCCACUACUGGAACUGGGAACACUUCACCCGCUUUUCAUGUUGCAUGGCAAAUGCACGGAUGGUCAAUUAUUGGUCUUUGAGACAUCUCACACAAUGUCUUUGUCUGGCUGAACUGUGGGCAGUGGUGGUCCACCUUUACCAGUCGCUACUAAUGUCUGAUACCUAGUCAUGAACGGGCCUUGCAUGUGUUUGGAAUUGGAACAACCUUUGGCACUAAAGAUCACAGCCUGUCCUCAAGUUAAAGAGUCGGGAAAGAGACGUCUUAUUGGUUGUUGUUCACAAUGUCCUCCCACUUUUGUAGUGCAAAUGGUGGUUGAGUUUGCAUGGAUAUGUAAAUAUGAUGGAGAACGUUGUUGUGAUAAAUAAUAAAUAUAUUUUUUAAUGUGAA